CGUUUAUCGACAAAUUAGAUCGUACAUUUAAACAUCAAGUUUUUUCUUUUUUUUUUUUACUACUAUUAUUCUUUCCUUGUUUUUUUUUGUCUUGAUUUAAUUUAUCUGCUAAAAGCAAUGAGUCAAGAACACACAGCAACGACAGAGGCUGAACAGCGUCCAUACGAUGUCAAAAAGACCGAGUCCUCUUCAACAGAUCAAGGCUAUAUGUUUGAUAAAAUGAAUAACGUCGAGGAAGCUGAUUUCAAAGCAGACGAUACCCAACAUGACAGCAGCAGCGUCGCCUCUCAGAAGCCAUCAUUCUAUAAGAGAUACCAAAAAUUCUUCCACGCUGGUAUGUGGCUCAUUUUCACAGGUUUCAUUGCCGCUACCUAUGCCUUACAAGUUCCCAAGGGUUAUACCAGAGAUCAAUUGAUUAUCGGUCUUUGCUAUGCCUACUUCUCCCUUUACAUCUUUUUCUGUUAUGCUCCUACCACCCUUGUUACCAAGCCUUGGAACUUUGUUUUCGACAAUAUCUCUAAAUUCAUUUGUAGCAAAUUUUCCCUCAAGAUUAGACAAAUUGGUUAUGCCGUUCUCGUCACUAUUAUCAUUGCUGCUACUAUCUUCUCCUUCCCCGAAAAGGAAGAGUCACCUAGAGUCAGACGUUUGAUUUCUCUUUUCGGUUUGUUCGUCUUCCUUUUUUGUACCUGGGCAUUCUCAGCUCAUCGCAGAGAGGUUAAAUGGAACACCAUUUCAUCUUCUAUUCUCCUUCAAUUCUUGUUGGCCUUGUUCGUUUUCAGAUCUGACGUUGGUCAUGAUAUCUUUGAUUGGAUGGCUGAAUUCGCUGAAGGCUACCUUCAUAACUCUUUCUAUGGUUCUCAAUUUGUUUUCGGUGAUACUGCUGCUAGUGCCGGUACUUUUGCCCUCAACGUUUUCCCCGCUAUUGUUUUCUUCGCCUCUACUGUCCAAGUUUUAUACUAUAUUGGUUGUAUUCAAUGGCUCUUGAAGAAGAUGUCCGUUGUCUUUAUCACUUUAUUGGAUAUUACUGGUCCUGAAUCUAUUGUUGCCAUUGCCUCUCCUUUCCUCGGUCAAAGUGAGAAUGCCUUGUUGAUUGAACCCUUGAUUAAGGAUUUGACCAAGUCUGAAUUCCAUCAAAUUUUAACUUGUGGUUUUGCUACUAUUUCCGGCUCCGUUUUAUACGGUUAUAUUGCUAUGGGUGUUUCUGGUCAAGCUCUUUUAACUUCUUGUAUCAUGUCUAUUCCUUGUUCCAUUGCUGUCUCUAAGCUCCGUUACCCCGAAACUGAAGAAUCCAUGACCAAGCACGGAACCGAUGUUUUAGACCGUGACGAUGGUGAAACCUCUAACAUUUUGCAUGCUGCUGGUAAGGGUGCUGGUGUUGGUAUCAACAUUGUCUUCAUUAUCAUGGCCAAUUUGAUCUCUCUUUUGGCUCUUUUGUACGCUGCCAACUCUUUCUUAACCUGGUUAGGUAACUUCCUUAACAUUAAGGAAUUGACUCUUCAAUUCAUCACUGGUUAUAUCUUUGUACCCGUUGCAUGGUUGAUUGGUGCUGAUGAUAAAGAUCUUGUCGAUGUCGGAAGAAUCAUGGCUAUCAAGAUUUGGGCUAACGAAUUCGUUGCUUUCCAAGAAUUGACCACUACCUACAAGGAUGUUCUUUCCGCUAGAUCCAACUUAGUCUCUGUUUACGCCGUUUGUGGUUUUGCCAAUCUUUCUUCCAUCGGUAUUCAAGUUGGUUGUUUGAGUGCUCUUGCUCCCAAGAGAGGUGGUGAGAUCUCCAGUUUGGCUAUCUCUGCUUGUAUUUGUGGAGCUAUCAGUACAUGGAUCUCUGCUUCCAUUGCUGGUAUGCUUAUUUAAUUGAUUUUGACAUUAUAAUCUUUUUUAUUUUUACACUAUUUACUAUCCAUCCCCCCUUUCCUUUUUUUAAUUUUAUGUACUACUAAUUCUCACAACUACAACUUAUUAACUAUCUAAUAAAUCAACAAAAAUUAUUUUUUAUUUUAUCUUUUGAAAAGAAAGUAUAUGUAUUAUUUUAAUAUUAGUAGCACUUCACAAUUGUAUUGACAUUUUUUUUCGUUUGUUUUUUUUUUUUUUUUU